AAGUGUGUUUCGGCUGAUCCUUCACUGUCAUUCGGCCACGGUCGGCUUCAGUAGAGGGGGCAGCCAAAGCACACACAAACACACACAAGGAAUCAGGCAGAUAAAAAAAAAAUACUGAGGCGAAAAAUGAAACCGACCGAAUAAGGCUUGUGACACAUCCGUAGCUGAGUGCAUUUGACGCGUUGCCACGAAGCCCUUGGAUGACACGGUCCACAGUGGAGGCAGAGCGGUGUCAUUGAGCAGGCAGGACACGUCAAGAGAAGGGAGGAAGAGAAAAAAAAGCUGACCGACAGCACUCAGCUUUUUAAAUCGCCUCAGCCUGCAUUCAAGACAUCCUUCCAGGGACGACACCUUGCUAUCAAGCCGACGGAAGGUUCUCGACAAAGAGGUCGGAGGUGGUGAUCAGAAGGACCAAACGAUCACGGGAUACUAUUUGUGUGUGGGGGGAGCAAACAAAUGGGGGAUUACGGCUUUGGAGUCCUAGUUCAAAACAACACUGGCAACAAGUCCGCAUUCCCGGUCCGAAUCCACCCGCAUCUGCAGCCCCCACACCACCACCAGAAUGUGUCGCAGAGCCCUGCUGCGUUCAUAAACAGCACCACAGCCGCAGGGAAUGGCACCACGGCGAGCUCUCCCUGGCUCUUCCCAGCCUCUGCCACCCACAGCAGCGUGCAGGAUGAAAUCAUGGGGGGGCCUGACAAGCCCAAAGCACAGCAGCAAGAAAUGCAAGAAACGCAAGAAAAGCAGCUCUCCCCUGGGAGUCACCAAGAGGGCGGAGGUGGCGGCGGCAGCAUCAUCAUCUCAGAACUGGAGAAGGGCCGGUCGGAGGAAGGCAAGACGGACAACGGUGCAACUGACCCUGGGAAAGAUAAGCAAAUCCGCCUCGAGUCUCCUGUACUGACAGGCUUCGAUUACCAGGAGACACCUGGUCUUGGGGGCCCGGUUCAAUCCAGUACCACCUCAUCGUCGCUCACUGGCUUCAACAACUGGUCGGCGGCCAUCCCACCAGCGCCGUCAACCAUCAUCAACGAGGAUGUCAGCUUCUUCAACCCUGCCUCUGCCAACAACGGGCCGCUGCUGUUCCAGAACUUCUCUCAUCACGUCAGCCCGGGUUUCGGCGGCAACUUCUCCCCUCAAAUAGGACCAGCCGGCACCCUCUCGCAGCACCACCCGGCACCCCCGCCUCACCCCCACUUCCAGCACCCCCACAACCAACACCAGCAGCACCGGCGCUCGCCUGCCUCGCCACACCCUCCUCCGCCCUUCCCACACAGGAAUCCGGCCUUCAACCAGUUGCCGCAUUUGUCCAACAGCCUGAGCAAGCCUCCGUCCCCCUGGGGGCCGGCGAGCUACCAGAGCCCCUCACCUUCCCCGGGCUCCUCCACCUCCUGGAGUCCCGGAGGUGGUUACGGAAGCGGUGGAGGCGGCUGGGGUGGAUCUCAGGGCCGAGAUUAUCGCAGAGGGCUCAAUGGCGGUAUGACCCCUAUCAACUCUAUCUCACCGCUGAAGAAGACCUUCCUGAACAACCACGUGGCCUCCCAGAAGUACCCUCGCAACAACCCCGGGGGUUUCAAUCCCAAGUCCUGGAUGGAUGAUGGAGUCGGACGCAGUGAUAACAUCUUCCCUUUCCAGGAACGCACCAGGUCGUUUGACAGCUUCAACAUGAACACUCUGGAGAGCUCCCUGAUUGACAUCAUGAGGGCUGAGCAGGACAACUUGAAAGGUCGUCUGGGGUUCCCCCAUCCUGGCGGGGACAACCCACUGCCCCUCAAUGCCAGGAGUUAUAGCAGGAGACGAGGCCAUUCCUCUCUCUUCCCCAUGGAGGAUGGAUUCCCUGAUGAGGAGCGUGGCGAUCAGGGUCUCGCAGGCUUGGGCUCCCCACACUGCUUUCCACACCAGAAUGGCGAGCGCGUGGAACGCUACUCACGCAAGGUCUUUGUGGGAGGAUUGCCCCCAGAUAUAGAUGAAGAUGAGAUAACUGCCAGUUUUCGGCGUUUUGGACACCUGUUUGUUGACUGGCCUCAUAAAGCUGAGAGCAAGUCUUAUUUCCCCCCUAAAGGCUACGCCUUCCUACUCUUCCAGGACGAGAGCUCUGUGCAGGCUUUGAUUGAUGCCUGCAUCGAGGAGGACGGCAAGCUGUACCUGUGUGUGUCCAGUCCCACCAUCAAAGACAAGCCGGUCCAGAUCCGCCCGUGGAACUUGAACGACAGUGAUUUUGUGAUGGAUGGAUCACAGCCUCUGGACCCGAGGAAAACUAUUUUUGUUGGAGGGGUCCCUCGCCCGCUUCGUGCAGUGGAGCUGGCCAUGAUCAUGGACCGUCUGUACGGCGGCGUGUGCUACGCUGGCAUCGACACAGACCCCGAGCUGAAGUACCCGAAAGGAGCUGGGCGGGUCGCCUUCUCUAAUCAGCAGAGUUACAUUGCUGCUAUCAGUGCUCGCUUUGUGCAGCUGCAGCACGGAGAAAUCGAUAAACGGGUGGAAGUGAAGCCAUACGUGCUGGAUGACCAGCUAUGCGACGAGUGCCAGGGGACUCGCUGCGGCGGCAAGUUUGCGCCAUUUUUCUGCGCCAACGUCACCUGCUUACAGUACUACUGUGAGUACUGCUGGGCAGCCAUCCACUCACGUGCCGGCCGCGAGUUCCACAAGCCUCUAGUGAAGGAGGGCGGCGACCGGCCUCGUCACAUCUCGUUCCGCUGGAACUGAGUGCCACGACGACGACGACGACGACGACGACGAUGACGACGACGCCGCCGCCGCCGCCACCACCACCACGGCGGCUGGAGGGAAGCAGGAGGGCAAGGUAGUGCAGGAGUCACAAAUCAUUUUAACAAAUAAAUGCACUUUUCUGUUGCUGGUUCCUUUUUGCUCAACAACUUUUUUUAAGUUACUAUUUAUAUUUUCAAAUGAGAAAACAGGAAUAUAUCUAAAGUAUGUCCAGCAAGGAAAAAAAAAAGUUGUUUAGAUAUUUUUUUUUUUAUAUUGUUCCCAAAAAAUGCUUCUAUAGGAAAGAUGAUGUGUUAUGGUACUCUGCUAUUCAAUUGGUAUGCUGUUCUUCAUGUGUUUGUUUUUAUUUUUGACAUAAAAACAUCCCCCAAACAAAGCAACCUAUUUUAAAUUUGACAUUUGGAUUUUGUAGCAGAGCUCUUGUGAACUGAAAAAGAUGUUGCUGGAGAAGAGUGCACUUAUUUCGAUAACAGUAUAGCGGACCCUUAGUUGAUAACCAAAGCUGUUUUCAUAACUAGCAUCACAGGAAUAGAGAGAGACCACACCCUUCUCUCGGUUUUUCGACUCCCAACAGAAACAAAACAAAAAAAAAACUCAUAAUUUGUGGUUUCGAUCUCCAAACUUGACAUGCAAAAACUAAUACCUCAAAAACUCAGCUGCUAACAUUUUACCCGUGUUCUCUCCCUUUUCGGGGUGGGUGGGCGGAGCUACGAUGUCACUGGCACACUUUUGUACUUCGCUAGCUUCGUUGCCUCCUUAUUUUAUUGUUUUUGUAUCCGCAAUAUGGUACCAGCGCAAGCAAGAGUGCAUUAUGGGAAUGUAUCGCAAUGGGAGGCUAUAGACGGGAGCCCCUCCCACCCCCAAACCCCUGCA